GCUUUUAGGUACAAUAUGUCUCACUUCAGUUACUUGUAUAUAUCAUAAACAAUUAAACACUUAACUUAAAGAGGAAAUUCUCUGAAUGGAAAUGGAGCACUGCCAUCAAACAACUGAUGUGCCAAAGGUGAAUUUAGGCAGCCAAGGAUUAGAGGUUUCUCGGUUAGGCUUUGGUUGUGGAGGACUGUCUGGUGUAUACAAUUCACCUCUCCCACAUGAAGAAGGAAUUUCACUUAUCAGGCAAGCGUAUAAUAGGGGAAUCGCAUUCUUUGACACUUCAGAUUUGUAUGGUGAUAACUAUGACAAUGAGAUAAUGGUUGGCAAGGCCUUGAAGCAGCUACCUCGAGAAAAAAUUCAAUUAGCAACUAAAUUUGGUUGCUUAUGGUUGGAAAAUGGAGAAUUUGUUGCAAAGGGUACCCCUGAAUAUGUCAGAAAAAGCUGUGAAGGUAGCCUUAAACGGCUUGGCAUGGAUUACAUUGAUCUGUACUAUCAACAUCGUGUGGACACAAUGGUGCCUACAGAACAGACUGUAUGCUUCACUUUCUGCAGCUUUUGAAUUCAAUAAUAUCUUGAAUCCAGGGAGCUUGGAAUUGGUGUAGUUACAUAUAGCCCUCUUGGACGUGGAUUUUUCGCAGGAAAGGCUGUAGUUGAGAGUUUACAUUCAGAAAGCUUUUUGAUUGCACACCCGAGGUUCAUUGGUGAGAAUCUAGAGAAGAAUAAAUUACUGUAUAACCGCCUUGCUGCUUUAUCAACAAGGCAUUCAUGUUGCCCUGCACAGCUAGCUUUAGCUUGGUUAUUUCAUCAGGGAGAUGACAUAGUGCCAAUCCCAGGAACUACCAAACUCGAAAAUCUUGUCACCAACAUAGAGUCACUGAAAGUAAAGCUAAGUACAGAUGAUCUGAAAGAAAUUUCAGAAGCAAUUCCAGUUAAUGAGGUCAGUGGAGAACGAGAUCCGGACGUCCUGGCAAAGUUGUCUUACAAGUUUGCUGAUACCCCUGUUCUAUGAUGCAACUAAAUAGCUGAAUUUGGACUAUAAAUUAGCUUUGCUAUGACAUUUCUUUGUACACAAAUGUUGAGCUUUGUAAUUUGACUGCACCAUCCUCUGAUUAUAAAAGGUACAGGAUUGGCAAAGAAAAAUUUUAGGGUCAAGCAGUGUAUGUAAUAU